AUGUCUGUGAUGAGCUGCGUAACUGUGAUUCUGCUGAUCGACCUGGUUUGCUCUGGUCAAGUUCUUUGGAGAAUAAAGGAUCAUGUGCAUAACAUACAGCAAGCCAAAGUAAAACAGCAUUUGACACACGCUACUCCAAAAAAAGGCACAAUUCACCAACCCGUGGACCACUUUGACAGGCAAAAUGACAAAACCUUACCACAGACAUAUUUUGUGAAUGACGUGUAUUGGCAGCGUUCAGACGGGCCAGUGUUUCUUUAUAUAGGAGGAGAAGGCCCUCUAUCCAAAUUCUCUGUGUUAUUUGGUCAUCAUGUGGAGAUGGCAGAGAGACAUGGAGCACUGCUGGUGGCUCUAGAGCAUCGGUUCUACGGGGAGAGCAUCAACCCAGAUGGUCUAGAGACAGACAAAUUGAGAGAUCUUUCCAGCCAACAAGCUUUGGCAGAUUUGGCUGCUUUCCAUCAUUAUAUCAGCCAGCGUUUCAGCCUUUCUCAUAGGAACACCUGGAUCAGCUUUGGGGGUUCCUAUGCUGGAGCUCUCUCAGCUUGGUUAAGAGGAAAGUUCCCUCAUCUUAUCUAUGGAGCAGUGGCAUCAUCUGCUCCCGUUUAUGCUGUUUUGGACUUUAGCUCUUACAAUAGGUGUGUAGCAGAAGUGAAGGGGGCAUUUGCAGCAGUAGAAGCAGCUCUGCUUAUGGGAAAUGAGACAGAAGUGGGAAAAGAAUUUGGCUGUUGUGAGACUCCUUUGAAACUGGAGGACAAGACAGAACUUCUGCACAGCUUGGCCGAUGUAUUUAUGGGAACUGUCCAGUACAAUGAGCAAGGUGUCGCAUUCAGCAUCGCGGAGCUUUGUGACAUCAUGACCAAUAAGAGUGAUCCAAGGGAGGAGGCUUAUGACCGUCUGGUCAAACUAGUGAUGAUGUAUCGUGCCAGAGAAAAUCUCCCAUGUCUGGAUGUCUCUCAUGAGAAGCUUUUUCUUGAACUCAACAACACUACAGCUACAUCUAGUUACAGACAAUGGUUCUACCAGACCUGCACUGAGUUUGGCUUUUAUCAAACAUGUGAGGACGAUAGCUGCCCAUUCUCCCGUAGGUUCACUCUUCAGUCUCAGACUGAGCUCUGCUCUCGACUCUUCAACAUCUCUCAGGACAGUCUGCUUGUCUCCAUUGACUUUACCAACCAGUACUAUGGAGGAAACCAGCCUCAAACUCAAAGAGUGCUUUAUGUCAACGGUAAACAGGGUUGUAAGGGCUUUUUCAAAAAAAUUAAGAGUAAUGAUAUUUAA